AUGGUGGCAGAGCCUAGAGAUGAGAUGAGUAAAUUUGUAACGGGUAUGUCUAGUUUGGUGAGAAAAGAAUGUUGUUCGGCUAUGCUUCAUGAUAACAUGAAUAUAUCCCAUUUUAUGGUGUAUGCUCAACAAAUGGAGAGUGAGAAACUCCUAGGCAACAAUAGGGAGAUGAAAAGAGCUAGGUCCGAUGAACAAGAACAACCAAGGUCCCAAAUGAGGUCCUCUAACCAAGAUUCCCCAAUGGUCAACAAGGAUAGGGCGUCUAACCCUUAUUCUCAAGGAGGAAAUGGAGGCAGUUCUUCUUUUGAGAGAUCUAUAUGUGCCAAGUGUGGGAAUCCACAUUUGGGUAAGUGCCUUGCCGGCAUGGAUGGUUGCUUUGGGUAUGGGAAGAAAGGUCAUAAUAUGAGAGAUUGUCCAACAUUCAUGGCAAAAGGGAGAGAGGCCAACCAAGCUUCUCUUAGUGUCUUGGAUCCUAAUGCUCCAAAGCAUGGUCAUUUCUAUGCACUCCGGUCUAGAGAGGACAAAGGAGCCUUUCCGGAUGAAGGGAUCGGUAUGUUGAUUGUUUCUUAA